UCAAUCUCGUCUCACUUGCAGUACGAUCCCUAUCUUUAGGCUUAUUUUUACUACACUUUACGUUAUGGGAUUUCAGUAUUUCACUUCAAAGCCAGCUGCAGCUUCUUGAAUUCUCUUUCACAUAUGUUAGUGGUUCAUAUUUCUUCAAACCAGUCAAAGCUUAAAGCUUAAUAACUAUAAUAAAGACUAUGUUCAAACCUCCCAAGCCUUCUCCUUCUUCCCCUCAUCUCAUCAGCAAUUCUCCUUCACUUUCAUCAUAUCCUUCUUCUGCUCAAACGAUCCCUCAAUCCCUAUUAUGUUAACCCUUCAAAGUGUUAUUAGCAAUGUCGAAAACGACCAUGACCGGGACAAUCACGACCAUGAUGUUGAUGAUGAACAUAUCAGGGACAUCCAUGCUCUGACUCCACCUCACCCUCCAGCUGUGAAUCGUGGCCGUUGGGAGACUGGUAGCCAUCGAUCAUCCUCUUUGUCCAUGUCUGGUGAAGUUGCUUCCAGUACUGAAAACUUUACUACCAUGAGUAGAGAGUUCAACGCUCUUGUUCUAGCCGGCUCUUCCAUUGAAAACAAUGAUUCUGAUUCCAUAAAUACUUUAAACAAUCAUAAUCAGUUGAACAGGAUUGGAGAGGAGGAACUGCCUGAGGAAACUAAUCCUCUGGCUAUAGUUCCAGAUAGUAAUCCGUUUGAUCAGGGUUCAGAUCAAAGAAGGGUCGGUUCAGGAGGGCCUGUGGCGGCGAGUGGUAGCAGCCAUGGGGAGGUCUCUGUGCUGAGAGUGAAGAAAGAAGAGGUGGAAUCCAAAAUAUCAGCAUGGCAAAACGCAAAGGUUGCAAAGAUCAACAAUAGGUUUAAGAGAGAAGAUGCCAUAAUUAAUGGGUGGGAGAGUGAGCAAGUUCAAAAGGCCACUUCUUGGAUGAAGAAAGUUGAGAUUCGAUAUUUUGAAGUCCUCAUAUCUUCACAAAAGUCCUUUGACUUUUAUGCAGAGGAAGCUAGAGGAGAAAAGAGCAAGAGCCUUAGAAAAGAUGCAAAACGAUGUGGCCAAAGCACACAGAAAAGCAGAAGAGAGAAGGGCAUCAGCUGAGGCCAAGAGAGGAACAAAAGCUGCCAGGGUUCUUGAAAUAGCCAAUUUGAUGAGAGCCGUUGGGAGAGCUCCUGUCAAACGAUCCAUCUUUUGAGACCUUAAUUAUCACAUACUACAAUCAAUGUUCCUUUAUUCUGUGGACACAAUAAUUCUCCCCCUUCAAGAGUACCUUCAUCUUUUCAACUGUAGGGUACCCUACAUCCAAGGGCAGUCAAGAGUUGCACCAAAUCUUUAGUGUUUGAAGUGUGUUGGGAUUUUUGAGGAUUUGUUGGUAAUAGUGGUGGACCAACCUCCCUUGUCUUGUACAGUAAUGAAAAUUAUAUAUUGCUUCUUUUUCUGGUUCUGGGCAGGGAUAUGGUGCUUUUGGUUAGCUGCCAUUGUAUAGUUGUUUAAGCUUAUUAUUAAAUACGUUGCAUUUGGUGCUAA